CAAAGAAAACAUCAAUUGCCAGUUCCUGGUUUGGUGGGAUAAUUUGUUUUAGGGGGUACAGCUUUUAAUGUAAUUAAGUUCAUUAAUACUGUAUAGCACUUUGCAUUUUUUUUGUCAAAAAACAAGAUACAAAUUUAUUCUAAUUAACAAACCUGUAAUCAAUGUAAUAACCAUAGAUUCACAGUUGCUUUGACAAGAGAGGGGCUGUGAAGGCAUUACCUUUUCAAAACAAAUGUAAGGAAAUGGUUGUAUUAAUUAUUUAUUGUUAAUUUCUAAAAGGAGAGGUGCAGGUAGAAAGCCUCUGUGUUUGCCUACGUCUUUGGCUUUUGCAAUAUCACACCAAUCAAAUCUGCAGCACAGGAUCCAAAUAUAAGGCAGCAAUGGAAUUAUUAUCUUCAUAGGCUCGGGGGUAUUCUCCUGUUGUGUGUUCCAGGACUGAGAGCUCCAUACUUAAACAGAUCCUGGAAUUUUGCUCAGGCUGAAAUUAUGACAGCAAGCACUGAUGUAAUCUUUCAAAAUCUACGGAGGUGUCUGGGGUAGUGAGGAUUAUCAUCUCUAAUUACAUGCCUGAGAGCAAUGCUUUACAAGCUAAUAACAAUUUUCAUGCUUCACAUGAGCAUAUUGCCUGUUAAGUGAAAGAUAGGAAGGAUCAGAAACUUUCUAACUUCAAGCAUUCCCUUGGGGGUCUUUGCUGACAUUACAAUUCAUAAAAGAUUUUGCAUCUCCAUUAGGAUGCAAAAAACACCUGAGUCUGCUUUAUGUUUCAAAGCUUGAGGGCAAUAUAAGGGACUUUUGAUCCAUUUCCCUUACUUCUGGGAGUAUACUGUAGUGGCAUUACCAUAUUUUCUGACUUCAAAUGUCAUGACAAUAAAAAAAGGCUGUGUGACCUCAGUUAUUUCUAUUCAAAGAGAGAUGCUUGAAAGGGACAUUCUUAUUACAAUGAAAAAUGGGUUCAAGUUUAAUGGUAUCAAUGUCCCAUGGCACCGUCCAGUCCAGCACCAAGACCCCACUUCCAUUCCCCUCCUCCCCUAGAUUGCUGCUAGUGGCCACUGCCUCUUGGAUUCCCUUUUUAACCCAUUUUCUGUCCAAGGAUGUACUGGCAUCAGAAGAGAUGGUAGCUAAAUGAUUGCUUUAUUCCAAUUAGUUGAUUAACAUAAUUUGCUUUAUGGCAUGUCUGGUACCUAGGGCCAUCAUCUGCCUUACAUGCACUAGCAACUACAUUACACAACCAAAUGAGAGCACAGAAACAAUCACAUACAGCAGGGGUAUCAUCAUACCGGAGCUGUGCCCACCCCAUUGUGGGCAAUGGCAAAAAAAGCUCCGAUACGGCACGUGACGUCAUGUGACGUUGCGAGUUUGACAUGUCUGACAUACAGUAACAAGAAGCCCAAAGAAUAAUGGAAGACAGAGGCAGCGGUGAUGCUUCUGGACAUUCUGCAGAAUGUGUCAGAAUUUUCAAGAUGCUGGAUAUAGUAGUGACCCAAGCUCAUGUCAUAAUUGUGUAAGUUUGCAUUGUGACACCUAGCUACCAUCUUGCAGAUUUUGACCCCUUCUUGUAGAUACCCCAGCAUUUGGAUAGGGCAUGAAAUCUGAUAGCGCUGCCAGGAUAGGAUGCAUGGUUUCUGGAAGAUUCCCUAAGUCUACUGCCAGGCCUGCCUUUAUUGUUUUCAUUCAUAAUAAUUAAUAGUGCAAUACAUUAUGCAAUUAUUUAGGAUGCUUCAAACAUCUUAAAGUAUCGUAGCAAUCGUUACAAUUGCCAGUAAAAUAAAUCCUCACAUUAAUAGGAAAAUGGGUGAAUUUGCACAUCAUGCUAAAAUAUGGUUACUUUAACUCAAGUUUCUUGACUAAAGUGGUGGUUUAAGCCAAACCAUAUGUAGCUGGGCUCACAUAUAAUGCUAAGACACAAGUCAUAGUUUGGAAACCACAAUGGCUGUCUUCCCCCAAUAUGGGAAAUUUCAACUAAAUAUACCAUAUUAUGGGUCAUUGCAGUGUAUAAACCCUAUUGUUAUUAGUCUGACUAAAAGAGAUUUUAUUUAUUUAUAAUAUUUUUUCCCUGAAAAAGUUCCCAUGUUUUUAUAAAAGCUUAGUUUGAUACGAGACACUUUCACCUGAAACAAAUUCUACCACUGAGAGGUCUAUUUUGUCCUGGAUAGCUGGGCUUUGCAUAUUUGGCAAAUAAUUUGAAAAAAGUGCUCCUGGAUAUGUCCACAAGGAAAUCAUAAAAAUCAAGAUGAGAUUUGUGACUCGUAAUGGAAACUCCACCCCUUUUUACACAGAACUCAUAUUAAAAAGUGGUGGGACUUUGAAGGCACAGUUGCAGCUGCUAUCCUGAUAUUUUAGACUCAACAGAUGCGCUGAGUAGUUGAGAUCCUAUUUAGGCAUGCACCUCACUGCUGGUUGAUGAAAGAAGCUCAGCUUAAGAAAAAAACAAUGCCGGUAUUUUAAGAGUCCCAUUGAGCUCCUUAACUGAGACUUGGGGGUCACAAUGAAAGGGUUAUCCCUGAGUGACUUUUUGUUUGCUUGUUUCACUGGAUGUUUCAUUUCAAUUUUUGCGUUCUGUUACUAUAUGUUGUCAUGGGCUCAGUUUUAAACUUUGUUUUAACUUUGUUCCUGCCUAUAUGAGCAGGACUUAGCUGAUCCCGAAGAGCUAAGCAGAGUUGACCUGGAAUCAUUUUGGGCAGGCAGAUUCCCCCAGGAAAAUCCUAGGUUAUCAUCUAAAUGGGAUGAUGAAAAAUAAAAACCCAGGAGAAGUCAAUCUUAAACCUCUUGUGCAAUGAGUCAAGGAAACAAUAGGUGUGGACUAUGGGCAUGAAGUCUCUAGGAACCAAGGUGGAUUUAGAGGGUUCUUACCUUUUUAUUGCUAGAUUUUGUUGCAUCUUUUCACCUUUGUUUAUGAGCUCAUGUUUACCUUAAUAAGACAAGAAAGUUGAACCAAUUUCACAGUUUCUAGCCAUGAGGGUAAGAGAUGCAAGGGUAAGUCUGUCCUCUUGCACCUCUCCCCCUCAAUAUAAUAGAAAUCCUUGCAAGAGAAGAUAACCAAGAUAGUUUGUCCUUCAGAGCAAAGGAUUUACAGAUAAGCAUUUCAAAUAAUUUUAGAAAUUACAUUAUGGAAUCUGUGUCUGCAUCAAGGACUUCAUAAUUCAACCCUGAGCUACAUAUAUUCACUUCUGUUAGAUAAAUUUUAUCACUGUGAUGAAGUUUAGUAGUUGGUUUAGUAGUUGAGAAGACUCUGUAUAAAGGAAUCUGAAUUCACUCACUAAUUUAAUUCAGUAAAAGUGUAUGUUGCCUAAAAGAAAGGCCCUAUUGUUGCUUCUAUGGAUAAAGUGACAUGUAAGCUGAUAAAACUGGGUAUAGAAGGAAGGAAUCUGCUUGCUCAUUAUCAUGCUUUCCUUGAAAAAACCAUAAAAAAAUUAAAUUUACAAUUUAUAGAGAUAUUUCCAUUAGUGGUCAAUGAUUCAAUAGGAAGGAAAAUGAUAUAUUUUUGGCAAUAUGUGUCUGGACAGGCCUGUGAGUGAAGUGCAAAUGAGUUAAUUUCUGAUCCACUUGUCCAAGAGAAUUUUAUUGGGGACACAAUGUUUUGCAUACAUUUUACUGUUUUCCUUGUGUAUUUGCUCUUGAUUAGCGAUUUGAUAAUCUUAACAUGUAAAAUUAGCCUUGAUUCUGCUUGGAAACAAGCAAUAUGUAUGUUAAUGGACAUGUUUAUCAGUAGAUACACAUAUUUUAAGAAUUAUAAAAAUAAUCAAAUAAAGCUAUUUUUAAAAAAUAAAUCUUCACAAACCUAUGUACAGGGAAGUCAAAAAGUUAAGAUGAUGGUAAUGAUUGUGCGAUAGAAGUCUGCUCCUUUUUAUAUGCAAUGCACAUUUACAAAGGAUGGGAGAUCUGAUUGUAUUGUUGUAGCUGCCAUCUUAACCUUUCUGACCUCUUCAGCCUUACCUGUGCUCAAAAUAACCAUCAUAUCUGCUGAGCUCUGAUUUCAGAGUACCUUAGCACCCAAGCACAUACAAAGUAGAUUUGUUCACACAACCUGGUCAGAUAAAGACUUAAUGGCUGAAUUUCCAAAACAUAUCAGGCUUGAGUUAAUUUUAAUCUUAGUUAGAUUUUGUUUUUGUUUUUUAUUUUUUCUCUGUGCAGCUUACGUGUUGUGAGAACACAGCUCAUUUGGUUAAUUCAUAAUAUAGAUGCUUUGUAAGAUCCAGAGAAAUGGGUUGAUUCAUUAGCCAGGCUAAAUGUACUGUAUGGAACCUACCAAAGUAUCUGUAUGACAAAUGUGUCAUGAAUAGAUAAGGAUGUAUCUCAGUUUAGUAACUGAACUCUUUCCAUGCCUGUGAUUUUCCAUUAUGCAUUCAUCUCCUAUGUGUGCCUUCUUCUCAAUCAAGCUUUGAUAACACAAAUUUAAGAAAGGCAUUCACAGAAAUUUGUGUCCACAUUAAGUGAUAGGUGCAGGGAGAAUUCAGCUAUGGAGCCUUUGGUUAUAAAACCUGGACAUCCAUCUUCUUUUAUGCAUUAAUAGGACAGAAUCAGGUUUAAAGCUUAAGGACACAGAAAACAUUUUGGUGAGAAGUUUAUUCAGGUUGCUAUUCCUGCAGCUUCUCCUACUAUUGUUAAUAUCCCACUUUCUGACUUCUAAAAUAUGCCACGAGAGCUAACAUAAUCCAGAAAAUAUCACAAAAAAUAAGAUAAGUGGUGCAAAAAGUAUCAGUAAUAAAAUCAAUUCAGUGAAACAAUUCAUCAUCCUAUCAAGCUCCUGUCAAAUGCUUUAUGAAAACUAUAUCUUAACCGCAUAGCAGAAGGUCAUCCAGAAGGAGGCUAGAUACACAUUUCUCAAAAAGGCAGUUGCAUGGCUUUGGUGAGGUGACUGAAAUGCCACUUAACCCCUUGAUCUAUCUCAGAUGCCGGAGAAUAGAGAAGAAGACCUCUGCUGUUAAUGUAAGUUCUCUGAUAGGAGAGUGCAGAUGAUGAGUAGAAGGUUGGCCUUAAUAGGCUAAAAUGACCACUAUGCUGACAACCCUGCCCGCAGGUCAGGAAUAUAUUGAAGUAGGUGUGUGUGUGUGUGUUUGUGUGAAUGUAUGGUGAUAAUACAAAAAUGCAGAAAAUACUGUAAACUGUUCACCUGCUCAGAAAAAGUCUAUUUAUGAUUUAGAAAAAUUAAUCAGUGGAACAACCUGCCUCCAGAAGCUGUGAAUGCUCCAACACUGGAAGUUUUAAAGAAGAGACUGGACAGCCAUUUGUCUGAAAUGUUAUAGGGUUUCCUGCCUGAGCAGGGGGUUGGACUAGAUGACCUCCAAGGUCCCUUCCAACUUUAUUAUUAUUAUUGUUGUUGUUAUUUCUUCAAAUUAGAAACAGGUUCUGGGAUUGAAUGUGAAGGAUGAGCUAUGUGAUAUUACGCUAGAACAUUGUUGGAAGCAAUGAGCAACCAAAAUUUAGCCCUGUAUUCUGCCUUUUGUGGGCGAAGGACAGCCCUGCCUUGAUUGCACGUGUUAUGAUUAUUUUACUUGCAAAAAAGCAAGCUGCACACAAGGUGUGAUUGGAGGAAGCAGAUCAAAGGUUUGAGAGGCACACUUUUACAAUGGUAUAGGAUCUCCUGUUUGAGCAGGAGGCUGGACUAGAAGAGGUCCCUUCCAGCCCUUGGAUUCUAUGUCACUGUUGCUGUCCUGUCAAGAUUCAGAAGUGCUUUAGAAAAUGUGCACAAUGUCUUUCUUUCCACUCUUGCAGGUCAUCUAGAAAGGCGAGAUAGACUUCAAUAAUGAAAAGCAGCCGAAUGCGUGAACUGGCUCUAUUGAAAAAUGUUAGCCUUCAGUGGGAGGUGAGGGAAUAGCAAAGUAGCAGUUGCAUCGUGACACAGGAAAAUCCAUAUGAUGGUGUAAUCAUCAAGUGAGCAACAGCACUGAUUUCAGCAAGUCAAACAGUGUAUAUACAGCAACCCCACAAGCUGAGCCUAGAGGAGUUCCUAUGUUAGAUGACGGAUUGAGAGCUCAUUAGGGCUUUAGUCUUUGAACUUCUUAUGAACGCUGUGAAUUUAUGAAGCGUUAUCGCCAUAAACCUUGUACUGGUUUGCACAUCUGAUACACCCUUGGCUUCCCCUUCUCUUCUACUUGAUGACUGUAUGCUGAUAGCAACUAAAUAUUUUGAAGAGCAUUUGGAGUGACGUGAACAUUCUGCAAUAAUCCAGCAAGUCAAUAUUUUUGGCCAUGAAAUAGUGAAACAGCCAAUCAUGGGUCCAUCAAACUCAAUGCAGUCUGUGCACAUAAAAUAAGCCUAUUUCAACCCCACCAAGAAAUGGGUUUGAAUAUGAGACCUGCUGAGCACAUGCUGGCAUAGGCAGUGUGAACUAACCCUGGAGAAGUCACUAAGAAGAUAAGCAACAGAAUGGCUUCCUCUUAUCCAAUCACAUUUAGGGAGCCAAGAAGGUCACGGUAUAAGGUUUUGCUUUCAGACUGGUAAAAGGGUCAUUGGAAUACAGUAACAUCACUAUGCAAAGGAUCAGCUUUGGUCUGAACAUACAGUAAUGCAUAGCUGGGAGAUUCCCAUGUUUCCUAAAACAUUUUUACUGCUUCCCACUGUGCAAACAGAUAACCGUCAAAAGUUCUUCAGUUAAUCCCAGAAGAGUGGACAAAAGCUACUUCAGAUCUUUCUGUGUCAUCAAUGCCUCCUUCCCAAUAAACUCAUUUUGGUUCCAUUUUGUUGCCUGUAACCUACAUAUCUUCCCUCUGGAUUGCAUGUUUGUCACAAGGACAGUGUUUCUCCACUUAUAGAAUGGAGAUUUGACAAAUAUUAGCCAAAUUACUGUUCAGACCUCCAAGUAUAUGUGCCAGUUCCUCUGACAAGCACAAACACCAUGGGGAAAACAGCAAAUAUUAUGUUGUCUAUGAAUGGUGGCUACUGGUGGAGCAACAGACUUUCUCUGAGAUGGAGAAAAACUAGCUUGUUUGCCUGUUGGCUUUCGUUUUGUGCAGCAGAGAGCUUCAUCACAUGUCCCUCUUCUUGUAAGUGCAACAGUGGUACCUUGGAAGUGGACUGUAGUGGUUUAGGCCUUUCAUCCAUUCCCUUGGACAUUCCUACUAGUACCAGGACCUUCCUUUUCCUUAACAAUCAACUCAGCACCUUGUCAGAACAAGCUUUUUCCAAUCUUUCUGCUCUUCAGAGACUGGAUCUUUCCAACAAUUUCUUAGAUCAACUUCCUGAGAAUGUUUUCAGAGACCUAGUUAAUCUUACUGAACUACAGCUGAGGAAUAAUAGCAUCAGAAGUUUGGACAAAGAUCUUCUGCAGAACACUGUUCUUUUGCAUCAGUUGGAUCUCUCCAUUAAUGGACUUGCUCAAAUUCCCUCAGGAAUGUUUGAUGAUUUGCCUUCUCUUCGAUGGCUUUCUCUCCGAUCAAACCGUCUGCAGAAUUUGGACAGGGUAACUUUUGAGCCAUUAAUCAGCCUACAGCAGUUACAUGUGGGAGAUAAUCCAUGGGAAUGUGACUGUAAUUUGAGAGAUUUUAAAUAUUGGAUGGAAUGGUUCUCUUAUCGAGGAGGAAAGAUAGACCAACUGGCAUGUACUUUGCCUAAGGAGCUGCGGGGGAAGGAUAUGCGCUUGGUACCCAUGGAGAUGUUUAACUACUGUUCCCAGCUGGAGGAUGAGAACAGCUCUACUGUGCUGGACAAUAUUGGUCCGCCUUGCACUAAGGGAAGUCAAACUGCUCCCAAACCCAAAACAAGUCCUGAAACAGAAGAGGAGCCCAGCGUGGGUUGUCCCCAGAAGCAAAAGCCACGACCCAUCAGUGUGCGUCGAGCCAUUGGCACAGUCAUCAUUGCUGGGGUAGUUUGUGGCAUUGUGUGUAUCAUGAUGGUGGUGGCGGCAGCCUAUGGCUGUAUCUAUGCAUCUCUCAUGGCUAAGUAUCAUCGGGAGCUGAAGAAGAGGCAGCCAUUAAUGGGUGAUACAGAGGGAGAACACGAGGAACAAAAACAGAUCUCCUCUGUGGCGUGAAUCUUCUUGGAAAUUUGAAGCAGAAUAGGAUACAGCCAAGACUUAAGAAUACUUCCUCCCAGGUGAGCAGAUGGACUGUGCAAUUAUCCCAUUGGUCCAAUUAGUAAAAUGUGUUUAUGGGUUCAGGACACCUGGCCCUGGGUUCAUGUUCACUUUCCUUUGUUCUCAUGGAACUCCAGGUGAAUAAAAGAUGUCUUUUCUUUGCACCAGAUUUCCCAUUAAUGGUCACAUCUUGGGAAAGUCAGCCAAACAAGCAUCUUUGUUUGAUUUCCCAGCUUUUUUAUUUUUAUUUUUUUGCAAAUAUUCAUUGCCUCACAGAGUCUUUGGCACUCAAAAAUAUUUGUUAACACUCUAAACUCCCCCUGUGGCAUCACUCAUGUUAUUGUACAACUAUUUAUUCAUUUUAGCUGUGCUAAAGAUAUUUAGUUCACAAACACUCCAGGCUCAUAGGCCUGAACAGUAAUUGAAUCCACCAUAGUCAGUGGAAAUAUAAUCUUCCUCUCUUAACACUAGAAAUAAUGAAUAUUUAGAUGUAUCAUAAUCAACAUAACAUAUGCUUAUUAACAUAUGUAUAUUAACAUAUGCUUAUUGCCUAUAAACUUAUCCACACUUCUAUCCACAUCUUUCUUUGCAUAUCAUCAGUAUGUAAUUGUGGAGAGUUAAAAAAAUAUGUCUCCUAUCUCCUCAUUCAGAUUUUUUUUCUGAUAGCUACAAUGAAGAACAAUGAAAAGCAUCUGCAGAAGAAUGGAUCACGUCACUCCUAUUAAAAGAUCAAUCUUUAAGAAAGGCUCUGAGCCUCAUCUGGUUGAUCAAAGACCAAGUUGAAAAUGUGAUAGAAAGGAUGCAAUUCUGAAUAUGUGUGGCCCCUUCAUGCUAACACUCUCUAACUGUGGUCACUUGCAUCUAGGUAUACAACAUACUAAGAAUCCUCAUGGGAUUUCUUGUGAAAAUAUAUGGAUAGUACAAAUAAGAUUCUGAGCAGAUUUUGCAUAAAUUAUAUUCAGGCACUCAGACAACACCCUGAAGCAUACAUGUACACACUCCCGUGUACAUGCACAUACUGAACAUAUGAAUUCUCAUCUUAGGUAUUUUUCUCAAGCAAACAUUGCAUCACAUUAGCCUUAUUUUUCUUUAAACUGGUGGCAGCAGGGAGAGAAAACCAGCCUAAGGACUCAUUUUAUAUUACUGAAAGUGGGAUAAAGUGCAGUCUCCAGAGGAAAGCACACAUUGCCAUGGUAACCUGCUCUAGCCCGUCACAGCGGGUAUUCCUGGGAUAAGAAGAUGACACAAGAGGUCGGUGCAGCCACAGUUUUUGUGGAUAUUGUGAUCCUUGCAGUCAUAAAGUAGCUUCACAGGUGGCCCAGAUUCUGAGGUUUAUCUCCUGCAAUUGAGAAGCAGAACCUAGCUGGGCAAGGAACAGGCCAUCUUCGUUCUUCCUUGUUUUGUUAUGGGAUGCCUUUGGCAGCAGCUUUUGUUUGUGAAUGGAAGAAUUCUCACUUUAAAAAAAAUAAAACAAAUCACCCCCGUCAUCUGUCAGCAGCAGUCACACUGGGAUAAACCUAAGAUUCCAACGUGGGAGUAGAAAAGCCAUUUCUGUUCUAUUAGCAAAGAAGCACUGGAUUCAAAGAGAGAAUCAUUUUCAUGUAAGGAUGACACGGGUGGUAGAAAAAAAAAUUUCACAUGGAACGUUUCCUGGAGGAUUUGGCUCUGGCAUCUGACAUAAUGUGCAAAAAGCCAACAUCAAGGCCAAAGGCAAAUUUUAAGAAUGGAAAAAACUUUUUUUCACCUAAUGAACUAUAUAGGUACUAUAGUUCUUCCAAGGAACAAGCUCCACUUCUGCUGUAUUUCAGUCUGAUGAACAAAACUAAACCAUCAAAGACACUAAGCAAUGACUUUAUCUGUAUUGCUUCCACCACAUUUAUGCCCAGGAUUUCAGAACUAGCAAUGAAUCUGCUAGCUACACAACUUCAACCUUAUUGUCUCUAUAGUUUCCCCAAAGGAACCUAUCCUCUGCAAUUGACUAGACAGCACAAUAUACUUGAAAUAGGACAUACCAGAACUGUAUCUUUAAAAAUCUCUAUUUUAUUUGUAAGAAAUAAUGAUGACAUGAUUGCACAAACAAAUCAUAUUUGCAUUUAUGUUUAGGAUAUAAGAAAAGCUGGGCAAUAAAAAUUACAAGAGGAAGAGUGAAAAAAAAUCUGUUUUCUUUCUGACCCCUAUUCUUACCUUUGAAAUUAUCCUUUAUUGCAUUCUUUUUGUCAUGUUGGGAUUUCAGUUACAAAUCUUAGCCUAUGUUCUGAUUUCUUACUAAUAGGGAGAAGGGUUGGCCCUGAUAUUUCCAGAUUUAUAUUUAGAAGCUUGUAUUUGAAAAGGUGAAAUAGAUGAACGACAGAUUAAAAAAAAAUGAUGGGUGGAUAUCAAGUUAAUCCCAAAGACACUAGAGUUCAUUGGAAGUACAAUGAGGUACUAAAAUGUUAGGGCAUGGAGAAUGCAAUAAUCCUAUCUGAGAAGAGUCCUCAUUAUAUUAUUGGGAAACUGUGCCUUCAGCUAUGAUUGGAAAGUCUAUAAACUAAAACAUUUAGCAUUCUUAUACUGAUGUCCAGAAACUUCUAUGAACCUCCACAUUACACAGUGUCUCAUCAACUUCCUAUUGUACAGUCUGUAUUCUAUGUAUCCACAGCCUAUAUUGUGAAUAUAGGAAUUUAUAACAUCUUUGUUCUUGUACUGCUGCUAUUAAUAUGAAGCGUGACUAGAUGCAGUGCAAAGAAUUCAGAAAAAGGUUGUACCAAAUUCACAUGUAAACAGUUUCAGAUCUGCUGUUGAACUAGAACUCGAAGGAUAAGUAGAGCAAAGCCUAUAUACCCUUCUUUGUAUGCAUGUAACCAGAGUACCUAUGCAUAAGAUCAAAAUAAUACAAGAUAUACAUGGCAGUGCAAUGUACAUUAGGGAAAUUGUUCCAUACAGUGAUAUAAUACAAUAGUUAGAAUUUGUAAUAUGCAAACCCAUAGAGUAUUUUCCCCAAAUGAUAUAAAGAAUGCAGCAUUACUGCUACAGGUUCUAAUAUGACAAAUAGCCCUAAUAAUUUUAAUGGAACUUAAUUAUUCAGCUAUUAAUUCUAGUAGUGUCACUGAAGCUUCUUUGUUGGUAUGAGUAGAAUUGUUUAACAAAAAGAUGCCUAAGUGCUACUGAUGAAACUAAAAGAAUCCCAAUCAAAAUUGGAAGAUGAUUAAAAAUGUAAAAAAAUAGGAAAUUAAUAAUACAUGCACAUGUAUCACAUAUGAAAAAAAAACCUUGCAUGCACUCAAUUUAAAUAGAAAUUUCUUCAUUACCUGUGAAGACUUCCUAGAUAUGAUCCAGGCUAUUAGGUGCAGCCAGAAUACUUUCAACAUUAACAGAAAAUGGUUCUUGGUAGUUGUUAAGAAGCCAUAUUAAAGGACAAUCAAACUACAUUAGUAAUUGUGGCAUAAACAUGCAUUGUGCUUUCUGGGGAUGAAAUGUCAGUAGAGAAUUCAAGGGAAAUAAAGAUCCUUUUGAGAAAGUCAGAAUAAUCCAGGAUGGCACACAUCCUGGAGAAAGGGCAGAAUUGUUAGAUAGAUGGCACAUACAAUCCUUUUCUUUUCUGUUAAAAGUUUAAAGAAAAUAAAUUUUUAAAGGAAAAAAAAACAGCUGAACGUAUAUUAUAUUUCUGGCUUGUGUUUUAGAAGAUAAAUAAAGAAUGUAUUUUCCUACAGAACAUGCCUCUUGUUUUAAUUCACUACUAUGUGGUGAAGGAAUUAAGAGCUCUGAAAAUUUCCUGCAGAAAUGCCACAAAAAGGAAAGAUUUCUUCAAUGUCUUCAUGAAUAGAUCUCUAAAAAUACACAAUAAAUUGAAGUGACUACAGCUGAGGUUAAGCAAUCAUUUAUUAGGGGUUAGGCUAUGCUGCCACAACCAAGAGGGAACCUAUUUUUGCAAAAACGGUAAGACUAUAUACUUGUGGUGUCAUGAAGCAUGCAGUCUGAAAUGCAUGAUUGUCCUCAGAGGUAGACAUAUAGCGGUAUUAGAAGCACACACCAACAGAAGGGACCCAUCUCUACCUGCCCAGUUAGGCCAUAUGACAUCAUGACAUUCUGCUUAAAAAAAAAGAGAAUUCGCUGACACCAAAGAGUCAUAGAAUGUGAGAGUUGGAUGGUAUCUUAAAAAUAAUAUAGAUUACCCUUCAUCCAGUGCUGGAAUUCACUACUGCUGCAACUCUGUCAGGUAGCCAUCCAUCCCAUCUUAAAAUACUUCCAGCAAAGGAGAAACCUUUACACCCGUCUGUUCUGUUAUUGUACAAGUCUUGCCAUUUGGAUUUCUUGAGCCUGGUCACAGUCUCCACAUUGUAAUUUAAAUCCAUUGCUUCUCAUCAUAUCUUCUAGAACAAGGGUCCCCAAUCCACGGUCCAUGGACCAGCACCAGGGCGCAGCAUGCCAGAAACCAGGCUAUGCAAACAAGCAAAGCCCCAUCUGUAGGAUGCAGGCAGCACACAAAACCACACCCUCUCCAAUCCACAGAAAAACCUAUCUCCACAGAACCAGUCCCUGGUGCCCAAAAGGUUGGGGGCCACUGUUCUAGAACAACUCAGCACUUCUGUUCCAUCUUCUACAUGAUAGCCUUUCCAUUUCUUGAAAACAGCUAUUGUAUCUCCCCAGAAUCUUCUCUUCUCCAGACUAAACUACCAAAUGACUCCAACUUUUAUUGUUUUUCUUCUAAGAUUCUUAUCACCUUGGCUGUUCUUCUUUGGAGAUAUUCCAAUUUGUCAAUGUCAUUUCUAAAUGUGUUUAAACCUGGAUGCACUCUGCUGUGAUCUGAUCAACGCAGAGUAAAGAGGAACCAUGAGUUCUCUUGAUUUUGAUACUUCGGUUGAUGCAAUUAGGAUUGCAUUUGCUUUUUUAUUGCAACUGUGACACAUUGGUUAACACUCAGUUUGAUCCUUUUCACAUAUGCUAUUGCCUAAUAGUUCCCUUUAUUCUACACUCAUGUCUUAGAUAUUUCCUAUUCAAAUGUAAGAUUUUGCAUUGAAAUUCAUCUUGCUGGGUUCUGCCUAUUAUUUCAACUUAUCAGAGUCCUCCUGAAUCUUAAUAAUCUUGUUCUUGAUAAACCUAUUCUAGUUUCUACCAGAAAAUGUUUUGUUUUCUACUGCUCAGAAAUUGAUUGCUUAAUAAACUAUUUAAAAGUUUUGUUCAGUAUUGAUGUCAAACUAACCAGCUAGUUGUCACUUAGGUCCUCUUUCCUUGCUUUUUGAAAAUAGGAACAACAUUACAUGCCAAAACAAUUAGACAUGCCAUCACUCUGCUGAGCACCUAAUUCCCACAGCACACUCUUA